AUGUCGAACGCCGACGCCCCCAAUUUCUUCAGCAUUGUCGCGGAGUACGUGGACCACAUGCUCCCCACAGACAACACCAUGAAGGUUCUCCUCGUGGACGAGGUCACACUUAACAUCAUCUCAAUGGCCUGCUCGCAGACGCUGCUCCUCAAGAAAAGGGUGUUCCUCGUCUGCCGCGUCGACGAGCACCGUCAGCGGCGGGCAAUGAAGCGAAUGCAUUGUAUUGUUUUUAUUCGGCCGCAACCGUCAAGUGUAGAGGCUGUGGCUGAGGAGCUGCGGGCCCCCAAGUACGAAAGUUACGCCAUCCACUUCAGUAACGCGGUAAGCCCGGAGCUGCUGGACAGGCUCGCACGCGCCGACGUGGAUAGUCUAGUGAGUCGCGUCAGUGAGGUCUUCUGUGACUUUGAGGCCCACAACGCCGACGCCUUUGUCUCUGUAGUGUCACCAAAAGCCUUACUUCCAGCUUUUCUAAGCGCAGCCGCCGUGCGGCGCAUUGCGGAGGGUAUUGCUGCAACUUUUGUGGCCUGGCGACGACGGCCGUAUGUGCGGUUUCAGCAGAGCAGCGCGUUUGCCCGUCGCGUGGCGUUGGAGCUGGGGGAUAUUCUCAGCAAGAACGCCGAGCUGUACAACUACAAGAACAAGGACAGUUUGCUGCUCAUUCUCGACCGCAGCAGCGACGCACUUACCCCGCUGCUGACGCCGUGGACAUAUCAGGCCAUGUUGCAUGAGCACAUUGGCCUACACCAUAAUCGCCUUCACUUUUCAGACGCAAACGUAGAGGAGGAGUAUGUCUUCUCACAGCAAGAUGACCCUUUCUUUGCGGCAAACAUGUUUGCGAACUGGGGCGAGCUUUGCAACAAUGUCAAGGCCUACGUGGAUACGUGUAAGACAACGUUGAAUAUUAAUCGCUCCACGGCGACGAUGGACGAGCUCAAGGAAUUCAUGCAGAGGCUGCCGCAAACCAAGAGUUUGACGGGCUCCGUGACGAAGCAUGCCACGGUGGUGUCGCACCUCUCCUCUAUUAUCAAAAAACGAGAACUGUUGGAUGCCUCUCUGCUAGAGCAGGACAUGAUUGCCUCUCCCAAUGCAAACGAUCACUGGAACCGGCUGCAGGCCUUCGCGGCGAAACGGCACAGCGGCACUGUAGACACCCGGGACAUUUUCCGUCUCUGCCUCAUUUAUCACUUACGGUACGAAAAGCCCAACCAGUCCUCUCGCGUGGCCACGCUCUUGGACGGCAUUGCUGCACACCUGACGAGUUACCUGCGGAAACUGACGCAGUACUCCGGUGAGCGCCACACCGAGGAAUUGUUUGGCGCCACUGGUGUCAUGGCCUCUAUCGUAAAAACUUUUGUAGACGUGGGGAAUAUCUAUACUCAGCAUGAACCAGUGUUGAAGCGAACCCUGCUGCAGCUUUUUAGCGGUCGACUUUCCCUUGAGCAGUACCCGUACCUGACGCCUCCCCCCACAGCAGCAGCAAACACGUCCCAGCCGCAGCAGCAGAUGAGCUUUAGACCAAAAGAUGUUACCGCGUUCAUGUGUGGUGGAUUCACGUAUGAAGAGGCCGCGUUAGUGAAUGCAAUCAACGCGGGCACGGCGUUUACGGGAUCUGCCGCCAACUGUCUUCCCCAAGGGGGAGUGCGUGCCUCCGUUGGUGGAACCGCCGUGCUGAACAGCGAGAUGUUUCUCAACAUGCUAUGCACCCACCCAUGA